CAAUGGGCUAUUUGAAGUGAAACGAACUUGUUAAUACGAACGGAACAUUAUCUUCUGUGCCGGGCAAAAUUGAUUAAACAAAAAAUCAUUCAAAUUAUACUUAAAAUAAUGAAAUUUGUGUCAAUUGAGCUUAUUUCCGCUAUCCUUUUGGCCACGAUAUGUAUUUGUCAUGCAAACGGCGACGGGAAGCUGAAAAUUGGUGUGAAAAAACGCGUCGAAAAUUGCUCUGUUCGCACCAAAAAGGGGGACCUGGUGCAUAUGCACUACACGGGAACUCUGGAAGACGGUACAGAAUUUGACAGCAGUAUUCCCCGGGGUGAACCGCUUACUUUCUCACUCGGAAUGGGACAGGUGAUCAAAGGAUGGGACCAGGGGUUGCUGAACAUGUGCGAAGGAGAAAAACGAAAGCUAGUCAUUCCUCCGGAGUUGGGCUAUGGAGCGCGCGGGGCUGGCGAAAAGAUCCCCCCUAAUGCGGUGUUGGUAUUCGAAGUUGAACUGGUAAAGAUCGAACGUAAAACGGAACUGUAGAUGGUGAGUCAACCAAAUCCUUUUUCAAUAAAAGCUUUAUUUCGAUUUCA